GACUGUGCGGGUGCCCCCCCCCUUGUGUGCCCUGUUUUAGUUCUCCUCUCUUUUCUUUUUCUUCUUUUUUUUGCUUCUUUCCCCUUCCUCUUUUCUGUUUGUUUCUCUGAGCUAUCUCUCCCAAGUUCUCAACUGUGUCGUCACCUCCCCCCCAAGCGACGGCUAACCGGCGACGAAAUGGCGGACGACAUGGCGAGUCACUACCAGAUGAUGGAGGAGCUGGGCAGUGGGAGUUUUGGGACAGUAUACAAAGCCAUCGACAAGGCGACGGGCGAGAUCGUAGCGAUCAAGCAUAUCGAUCUCGAGUCCAGCGAAGAUGACAUCCAAGAGAUCCAGCAAGAGAUCUCCGUGCUCGCGACCUGCGCCAGUCCUUUCGUCACGCAAUACAAGGCCAGCUUUCUGCGAGGACAUAAGUUAUGGAUUGUCAUGGAAUUUCUAGGUGGUGGAUCAUGUCUGGACCUGCUCAAACCCGGGGUGUUCAAUGAAGCACAUGUCGCCAUUAUCUGCCAACAACUACUCCUUGGACUCGACUACCUGCACAGCGAAGGCAAGAUCCAUCGCGACAUCAAAGCGGCAAAUGUACUGUUGUCGCAUACGGGCAAAGUGAAGCUGGCGGAUUUCGGAGUCGCGGCGCAACUAAUCAACAUCAAAUCGCAACGCAACACAUUUGUUGGAACCCCAUUUUGGAUGGCCCCCGAGGUCAUUCAGCAGUCAGGGUACGAUUACAAGGCGGAUAUCUGGUCGCUCGGUAUCACGGCCAUCGAAAUGAUCAACGGCGAGCCACCUCAUGCGAGCACACACCCCAUGAAGGUACUUUUUUUGAUUCCCAAGGAGCCUGCUCCGCGCCUGCAGGGCGAUCAUUACAGCAACACGUUUAAAGAUUUUGUCGCACAAUGCUUGACGAAAGACCCCGAUCGGAGGCCGAGCGCCAAGGAGCUUCUGCGACACAAGUUUAUUCGCAAUGCUGGGAAGACCGAGGCGUUGCAGGAGUUGAUUCACCGCAAGCAAGAUUUUGAUGCUGGGAGAGGAGUGGCCCACAAGAUAAAGUACUAUGCGGAAUCACUAAACACGAUUCGAAACCUGAAGGACGACGACGGUUGGAUUUUCGACACCGUGAAAGCAUCUACAAUGGCUAUCCGCGAGAUAGAGGUUGAGGACGACAAUGAGCACGAGCCGCAGGAGGACUGGGUUUUCGAUGAGACUGCCGACAUGAUGGAGGAUCUAUGUGUGUCCAGUCCCGCCUCGAAACAAGAAAAUGGCACCGCGGUGCGUCGAGCUCCAGCCCCCGACCACAGCCCGUCAAUUAGACGGAACAAGCGACGGUCGAGUGGGGUGAAGCAGCCUCUGGGUGUGGAUAUGAGUUUCGGCAACAGCCCAUCGACGGUGCGGCAAUUCCGUCGGGUGUCGGAUAACAAGAGCCCCAGCGACGCAUCGUACCCGCCGCAGUACUUGUUUGGCGGGGACGAGAAUGCCAGUCCAAAGACGUUAUUCUCCGAGCCGAACAGCAAGGAAGCACAGCUCGGGCGUCGGGCGUACAGCAAGGCGGUUGGCCUCGCCUGCCAGGAAGUGUUGGGAACCACAGGCGAUCAAGAGAAACGGGAGGCAAUCUCCCGACUCGCUGAAGCCUGGAGUGACUUGGAGAUGAUUGAUCCGGAGGGGUUGUAUCAUAUCCUCAAGGCGACGACGGAGAAAUUGCAGAGUGACCCGAAGCUGGCCAGUCUCGUCCCACCCGCAGCUCCACCGGGCGAUUCCCCACAGAGGCAGCGACUGGUGUUGGCACAGAGCAACCCACACCUCAAGUCCCACCGGCGCCGCCAGAGCGCCGCCGUGGCCGAGCCCAGCCUACAGCCCGCGCAGCUUGCCAACCUCCCCGGCCAACAGGUGCCGGGCAUGGAACACACCAAGCAGCUGUCCGAUGUGCUCUACCAGCGUUGGUCUGAAGGCCUUCGCAACCGCUGGCCUGGAAUCUAGGAUCGCGAUUCCCUACCUUGCUUUCUUGUUUCUUUUCCCUUGCAUAGUACUGCAACUUUCUGAAGAUCUUGGAUCUCGCCAAUCUCAGCGGCAACACCACAACAUAUUCAUCAUUGUACACAAAAUUGGGCUCGCAUGAGGCGUUGAUAUCUUUGUUCACUUAGCCGCUCUCGGUCUUUCUCACAUAUUCGUUGUUUUGUUCUAUUUAUUCUUGCAUUA